AUGUCCAGAAUUUUCUCAGUUCGUGCUCUUUCCCAUAUCUCUAGAUUGGCUGCUCCACAGAUCGCCAGAAAGUCCCCAAUUUUCACCAGGGCUUUUUCCAAUUCAGUCAUUCGUUCCAACUCCACCAAGGAUUUACUUGAAGUUGUCAAGUCCGAAUUUAAGCUUGCCAACUCUGUAGAAAAUGAAUUGGCUCCGGACCACGUUACUUACUUGAAGGAAAGCGGAUUUGAGGUUGUGCAGAAAGCUGGCGAGUCCAAUGUGGAGUUGUCCAAGACCUUGGAAUCUGGAGAAGUUCUCAAGGUCUUCUUUGAUAUCGACGAGGUCACUGAUGUUUCUUUCGGUGCGCCAGAGGUUCCUGAGGAGGAGGAUGCUGGUGAGAAGUUUGACGAUGAGCUUUACCAGUACGAGUCCACUUUUGCUAACGUUAAAGUCCUCAUCUCUAACCCACAGAACAACAACGGACUCUUCUUUAACUUGAUGUUGCAGAGCUCCGAGGAGGAGUUCUUUGUGGACUACUUCAACUACAAGCCAGACACUACUGCUUUCUUGAAGCAGGUUGACGAGCAGGGAACCUACUUGGGCAAAUUCGAGUACCAGGGCCCAAGAUUCUCCAACUUGGACGAAUCCUUACAGGCUACUGUUGAGAAGUACUUGCAAGAGAAGGGUGUGGACGCCGACUUGGCCGACUUCAUCUUUGGCUACUCCGAGAUCAAGGAAGAGGACUCUUACAGAGACUUGUUGAGUGAUGUUGCCAAAUACUUAAGCAAGGAGUAA